AUGGCGGCGAUUAGGAAAGGUAGAGUGAGUUUACAGACCUUCAGUGUGGGUGCGUGUAUUACACUGCUACCCUGUAUCGGCGUGUUGGGCAGAAACUUCCAAAACAUAUGGGAUGACUUCUGGAUCCUGCUUCUCCUGGCCUACAUCGUGUGUUACAAUGGAGUCCUGUUUGUCAUGUACAACGUCCAGUGGAACCAGAAAGACUUCUACAAGGUGGCAGUGCGAGCAGCGUUUUUGGGAACAGUGUUUGGACUUGGGAUACUCAUAAGUGUGUCUGGAACAACAUGGAAAUAUUUUGGCUGGUACAUAGUUGCACUGAGCUUUUUCCAUUUUUCUGAGUAUUACACAACAGCUGUAACCAAUCCACGCUCACUGACGUUAGACUCAUUCCUCCUGGAUCAUAGUCGAGAAUACAAACUAGCCGCGAUGGCCAGCUGGUUAGAAUUUACUAUUGAGUGGUACAUAGCUCCAGGUCUGAAACAGUUCCAUAUGAUCAGUUACGUGGGCUUGUUAAUAGUACUUCUAGGGGAGAUAAUCCGUAAGGCCAGUAUGUUCACAGCUAAGACAAACUUUAACCACUACGUCCAAUACAUCAAACAAGAUGGCCACACACUGGUGACAUCAGGCAUCUACUCCUACUGUCGUCAUCCAUCAUACGUGGGCUGGUUCUACUGGAGCAUCGGCACACAGCUGAUCCUGUUCAAUCCGGUAUGUCUGGUGGGUUAUACAAUUGUUUCAUGGAAAUUCUUCAAGGAAAGGAUUUAUGAAGAAGAAAUUUAUUUGCUCAACUUUUUCGGAGAACAUUAUUUGGACUAUCAGAAGAAAGUUGGCACUGGUUUGCCGUUUAUUUCAGGGUACCGGGGAGAAAUGUAGGCUCUGUGAUAAUUAUGCAUAUAGUCUAGAAACCAAAUUUAUGCCUUUAGCAGCUGAAUUCCAUUUAUUAUGACAUUCAUAGAUAUUUACGAUGGUUUUGGAUAACUAUUCAACAGGACCUUGUUGUUAUCUUCUGAGCAUGCUAUGCAUGUUUUCAUUUAUGCUAUAUCUAUUGGGCUAUUUAUCCGCAAAUAAGCACCUGCCAUCAAAUAAGCCCCAUUCUUCGUUUUUGCAGAAUCAAUUUUAAAAUAAUAAACUGGAAGUGCUUCACAAACAAGUCCAUGCACUCCACCAAACUUUAAUAGUAUUUUUUUACACCAUGGGAAGGGGCUUAUUUGAGGAUAAAUACUGUAUUAAAUUGAUUUCAAUAUGAGUCGGACGUUUCGGGUCCAAUAACUAUGAUAACUUACUAUAACUCACUUUAUGUUUAGUAUACAUAUCAUUAUCUCCAUUGUCCUUUAAGUGACUAUGUACCGUUACAUGUUCUGUUUUAAAAAUAUUUGUGAUAUCACUGAAUUCUUCACAUUAAUUACAUGUAAUUUUAUAAGUGUAUAAGUUAUAAGGUAUAAGUGAUGUUCUUUACAUCUUUCUAGACGUUGUCAGUUUCGAAAUAAAUGUCCCUGUGAUAAUGCAAAAUUUACAAUCUACUCAUGAUCAUUAAUACUGCAUAAAAUAUAUCUUCCAAAUUCCCUGUCUAAAAUGAGGAAAAAAAACAGAUUCCAGCUCUGUAAUUUUUAAUAACUUUACGUGAUAAUGUUAGAACUAUAUAAUAUAUUACUAGCAUGUUGGUAGCACUACAUGAUAAUAUAUGGUAACAAUAGAAAUGAUACAAAUGCUAUCACAUGAAUUUUAUGUCAUUAGUAUGUGAGUAGAAUGUAUCCAGUAAGUUGUCUAGAGCGCUCUACCUCAUACUGCUAAAGGGAUGAUACAAUGAUCCCAUUGUUUGAAAGAGGCAUGUCAAUAUUUAUAUCAGUUUUACAAGAUAAAGGCAUAGAGUUAAGGAAUUAUUGUCUGUUUUUUAGAGCAAAUAAUAUCAUGUUUUUGAGAGCAAAUGGUGUGUUUACAUCAGUUGGGAGCAAAUAAUAUCAUGUUUUUGAGAGCAAAUAAUGUUUUUAUUAAACAAGAACAUCAAGUGAUAUAAUGAAAUGUUUUGGUAAGUAUUUUGUUCGCUAAACCAAGUAAAAAUAUUUUUUAGGGAAAAUUCAAUUAUGUUUUUAAGUAAGAAUGAUACUGGUUUACAUUGUUGAAAGGCCAAAUUUAAUAGUAUAUUACAAUAAGUUUGAAUAAUGUCUUGGAGGAAGAAGAUCGUGACUUCGUUGGCCAAUAGAUUUGACUGACAUGAAGGAAAAACAUUUGAUGAUAGUAUAAUUAGAUCAGAAUUUUGUCAAAUGAAAGAAGUUAUGGCUAAAUAUCGAACUGGACUUAAAAACUUUCAUGAAAUAUAUUCUACAUAACAUACAUCAGAGACAAGAACAAGAUAAAAACCUCCAACUAGAUUGAUGUAUUGAGUACGUAUAUACAGUGUAUUUAAGAUAACAAACACCUAUAUUUGGUCAUUUAAGAAAUAUUUCUGUUGGAAAAAUAAUGAUAAGAUUAUAUCCUGUAUAAGCAUCUAAAUGGAGAAUUAUUUGUAUGGAUGAUUCCAUGAGUUUUUAUAUCAGGUGUCCAGUUUUAACAAUAUUCUUCAUUACUGAACACACAACAUGUAAUAUAUAUUAUGCACUAUGAUUUUUAUGUGGAACACAUUCCAGUAGUGUUUUAUUUUUGUCAAGUUUUAUUACUUCACUGUGUGUUUUUUUUUUAAGAUUUCUGAUUAUUUAUCAUGUUUUAUGAAAGGUUUCAAACUGGUUGUUUCUUCUGGGCAAUUACUGUACAUGCUGAAUUCAUGAUGAAAAGAACUUAAAUGUAUAUAUGUACCUUAUCAAAAACAUCAAAAUUUCAGAUGUUGGUAUAUCUUCUUGAAAACUGCACGUUUUUUGCUUAUAAUAAACAACUUUUUUUU